AGGCGAUAUGGUAAAGUAUUCACGUGAGCCGGAGAACGCUGCAAAGGUUGCCAAGGCUCGUGCCUCAGACCUCCGCACCUCCUUUAAGAACAUGAGGGAGACCGCCAUGGCCAUCAAGGGUCUCGAGCUCAGCAAGGCCAAGAAAUAUUUGAACAACGUUCUCGAGAAGAAGGACGUCGUUCCCCUCCGCCGCUUCGGAGGAUCCGCUGGCCGCUCCAACCUCUGCAAGAAGCACAACUUCUACGGCCCUGGAAGAUUCCCUGAGAAGUCUGUCAAGCACCUCCUCGAUCUGCUCACCAACGCCGAGAGCAACACCGAGGGCAAGGAUAUUGACACUGAGAACCUCUACAUCAGCCACAUUCAGGUUAACCAAGCAUGCAAGGGACGCCGUAGAACUUACCGUGCUCACGGUCGUAUCAAUGCCUACAUGUCUAACCCUUGCCAUGUGGAGGUUAUCCUUGCUGAGAAGGAUGAGUUCGUGAAGAAACCUGAGGAGGAGGGCGCCGGUCGCGUAGUGCGCAAGACCAAGAAGCAGCUCGCAGCAGCUCGCCUCAAGAACGGAGCUUCCGCUUAAGCUAAUUCAUUUGAUUCGAAAAGAAAUAUAUUGUGGUCCAUCGCUGAG